CCGCCAGGGCCCCUGAUUCGAGUCCGCGGCCGGAGGGCUUUUGGAUAACGUCUUCGAGUCAGACCAUCGACAUGCCGCUGCUCAAGACGUUCCGGCCAUUGCCGUGGAACCAAAACAUAUGUGCAGGCCAGAAACAAGAGAGUCACCAGUUCUGUCUACAUUACCUUCGGCUCUCUGCCUGGACAGGGUCGCCUCUCCAAAAUCGCAUUACAUUGUCUGCAGUCCGCUUAAGCAAGCCGGCCUCUGCGGAUCAAUACCGCAUUAUACGCAGAUGGAUCCAGACUUGCGGGAAGAGCACACAGAAUGCAAGCACUGGACAUCCCGCUCGAGCUUCUUACCCUCCAGGCUUCUCGACGUUACCAAUCCUGUCCAGCUCAGGCUCGUCGAGUCUAAUCGACUCCCGGAGAGCGCCGCCACCACCUCCUCCUCCCCGCCGUAUAUUGCGCUAAGUUACUGCUGGGGCCGUGUGCCAUUCCCGUACGUGACCACGCCGGAAAACAUCGGGGUGAGAAAGACGCAGGGUUUUCGAGAGCGUGUGCUCCCCCGCACGAUUCGUGACGCCGUGGCCAUCACAAGACAGCUAGGGGUCGCAUAUCUUUGGGUCGACGCCCUCUGCAUCCUGCAGGGACCAACCCCUGAAGCGAGGAAAGACUGGGAGCAAGAGGCAAGGCGCAUGCACAGCGUCUACUACGGCGCCUUCCUGACCGUCGCCGCGGCCUGGGCCGCCAGCGCCGACCAGGGCGUCUUCCCGGGACCUUACGACGUCACCGCCACCGGCAUCGACGUCUCGCCGAGGUCGGGGCGCUAUCCAGAGCUGAAUGGCAUUGCACGGGCGGGCGAGGAUCGCUUCGUCGAACCGGUGAGCGAGCCGCUCUACCGGCGCGGCUGGACGCUGCAGGAGCGGCACCUGUCGCGGCGACUCCUGAUCUAUACCCGCGACAGGGUCUCCUGGGAGUGUCAGCACGGCCAGAACACGGAGAACGAUAACCACGGCAUUGCCCUUAUGACCGGUUCCAUGCGCUUCCUCACGGGGGUUACGGGGGAAGAGUUGGGGUUCCGCUGGCGUGAAUUGGUCCAGGACUUUUCGGGCCGACGGAUCUCGGUCGCGACCGACAAGCUCCCCGCCAUCGCGGGCCUGGCCAGGGCGAUGCAGGACCGGACCGGGGACACGUAUCUGGCCGGGUUGUGGAGGAAGACCAUGUGCAGCAAUCUGCUCUGGGUCCACGUGGGCUUCCCGGCCCGCAGAGGCUGGGGCGGCCCGCGAGGGUUUCCGUCGAGGUACAGGGCGCCGUCGUGGUCGUGGGCCGCCGUUGACGGGAGCGUGAACUUCGGCCCGGGCUACUCAUUGGGUUGGCGCCGCGCUGGCCCGCAGCUUCGGAGGCGCAGGCUCAGGACCGGCCAGAGACGCCCCCGGGUGGACGAGGACCUUUCCUGCCAGGCCAAGGUCCUGGGCUGCGAGGUCGUUGCGGCCGGCAGCACCGGCACGUUCGGCGAGAUCUCUGGCGGCUACCUCGACAUCCAGGGCCCUCUCAUGGAUGCGUCGCUCCUGGAGUACCACCAACCCUCCCCCGACUUUUCACAGGAUGAGUCCAAUGGCAAUGGCGGCCACUGCCAGCGCAAGACCCGGGACAGUGAGGACGGCAUGCGACCACUACCCAGACAUCAGGCGGCUUGGCGUUUCCAGCUUAAAAUCUUCUUGGACGGCAAGGAUGGGGACAUCACCUCGAAGCCCCUGGAUGUUCCCUUGGAUCUUGCUGGAGUCUGGCUUCUCCUCAUCCAGCGCAGGAUAAUGCUAGUGUUGCGUCGUUGCGAAGAGGAGGGAGCCGGCCCCGAGGACCUCCCGACGUUUAAGCGCGUCGGCCUUGCUGUUCAUGGCAGAGCCCCGUACAGCCCAAUGGACCGCAAGAUGUGGUUCUCCAAGUUUGAGGACAAGGCCCCCCCUUGCUCGGCCGUCCGGCGGAUCGGAAUCGGCGGAGUGCUUACCAAGGCUGGACCACUGUCGCUCGCUCUUGGCUACACGUUCUGGGGACUUCUCUACAUCUGGCCGCUCAACCUGUGCGUCGCCGAGAUGUGCGCCUACCUGCCGAUCCGCGGCUCCAUCUUCGAGCUCGCGAGCCGCUUCGUCGACCCAGCCCUCGGCUUUGCCAUGGGCUGGACAUACUUCUUCGCCAGCCUCAUGCUCGUCUGCACCGAGUACCCUGCUAUCGCCACCGUUAUCCGGUACUGGGACUCCAGCACGAAUCCCGCCGCGUGGAUCGCCGUUGCCAUGUUCUCGUGCAUUAUUGUCAACCUGGUUGCCGUCAAAUGGUACGGCGAGGCCGAGUUCAUCAUGGCGUCCACAAAAGUCCUGCUUCUUUUCGCCCUUAUCCUGAUCACCGUCAUCACCAUGGCCGGCGGUCUAUGACUGUGAUGUGUUGUGGUGUAGAAAAAGGCAGUGGGCCGGCUGAACGCAUUGUGUAUGUAUCCUGGAGGCAAUAUUGUUGGAGGGGAAAAGGGAGGGCCUAUGUUACGCAUUCCUAAGCGACGUAAACGCCGAGGAAAACCCCCACUCCGAGGCAAGCAGCUUCUGCAAAGCGCGCUGGUUCACCCGCGGAUGGACGCUCCAAGAACUUAUCGCGCCGGGUGUAGUCUACUUCUACCAGUAACCCAGAGCUCCCUCC